AUGGGUAAGCGAAAAUCUAAAAGAAAACUCAAACCAAAGAAAAAACUUGUGCUUGAAACACAAUUUGAUUGUGUCAUUUGUAAUCAUGAAAGGAGUGUUGAUGUGAGAAUGCAAAAAGAAGCAAAAGUUGGUUAUUUGACAUGUAGAAUAUGCAAUUCAGCUUUUCAAGCAACAAUAAACCCGUUAAGUGAUCCAAUAGAUGUAUAUUCUGAAUGGGUUGAUUAUACUGAUGAAACUGUGGAAAAUAGGAAUGAUGAUAAUGAUGAUAAUAAUAGGAAAUCAUCUACUCCUACUACUCCUAGAACUCCUGUCCCCAAAGUUACAACUUUCAGAAAUUGUGGUUAUUGUUUCAUACAACGAAUGAAUCUGAAUAGUUGA